CUCACUCAUUCAUUAGUCACAAUGCGCAGUCUCAACCACACUGGUUGAUUACAUUUACAUAAUAAUUUCUGACAUUCAAUCGUGACACGCCAUAUUCGGUGGGAUAAUAACAUCUGUGCGCCAGCGAUGAUUCAAAACACUUUCUCUGUGGCUCUAACUCUAGCGGAACGGCAGAAGCAAACAGCAAAAGAAGGUUAUGUAGGUUACGCGACGAGGUGUUUCACGCGUCCGUAGAUCGACAAUCAUCAUUUUAAGUGUUUUUGUCUCUCAGUUGAAGUAGAAGAUUGUGUGUUGUUUAUUUUUUUUCCGCUUCAAGCUGGAAGCUGAAUGCUGUGUUAUUACCACUGCUCGCGAUCUCUUAGUAUCAGACCAUCAAGCAUCGACACUGAGCUCAGUGCUGCGCCGUGUCUCACCGAGUGAACAUCGUUGUUUGUUAAGUUCUGCAGAGUUGACGACCUUGUCGCGUGUGCCGGGUGCCUUCGCCACUGCGAAUCGGAAACGCGAUUCGCGUGUGAGGUUAAAACUAGUAGCUCACUGACAUUGACUGGGCUUCAACACGUGUAGUAGUAUUUGAAUACAGCUAGACAUUUGCAGCUGGGCAGCUGCUACGCCUCGACUGUGGUUUACAGUUCCAAACAGAAAAAAAGAACUGAAGUGUGCAAACAUGUUGUUCAGUGGGAGCGUCACGGCGCUGUCUAUCGUAGGACUUUGGGUUCUUAUUGUUUGGCUUUACGACAAUCUAAAGUCGUUCGUACAGAUAAUACAAUCCCUGUUGGCUCCCUACUUCGUCCCCUCAGAGAACAAGAGCCUCACGGAGAGAUUUGGGAAAUGGGCAGUAAUAACAGGCAGCACCGAUGGAAUCGGCAAGCAGUAUGCAUUCCAACUGGCCGCGCGGGGUUUCAAUAUCGUGCUCAUCUCAAGGACCGCUGAGAAACUAAUAGCCGUAGCCGGUGAGAUCGAGAAGUGCCAUCAGGUUAAAACGAAAUGGAUAGCAGCGGAUUUUAGCCAAGGAAGGCCCAUCUAUGAAAAACUUCAGCAGGAGCUGGCAGGAGUUCCGAUCGGAGUAUUAGUGAACAACGUUGGAACCAAUGUCGAUUACCCAGACGAUCUGGAUAAGAUUCCAGAGGACAAACUGUGGGACAUCAUGAACGUCAACAUCGCUGCUGUGACCAUGCUGACGAGGCUGGUGCUCCCGGAGAUGAAGCAACGCCGACAGGGAGCGAUCGUGAAUGUCUCCUCCGGUAGCGAACGGCAGCCACUGCCCUACAUGACGGUCUAUGCCGCUUCGAAGGCUUACGUCCACAACUUUACCCUCGCGUUGCAGUACGAGCUGGAGCCAUUCGGCAUAACCUGUCAACUGGUUAGCCCGAUGUUUGUGACGACCAAGAUGAAUAACUUUUCGGCCAGCGUGAUGGAGGGCGGAAUCUUCAUCCCCGAUGCCGAAACGUACACCAAGCACGCGGUCUUCACGCUAGGAAAAUCAAAGCAAACCACUGGUUACUGGUCCCACGGGAUCCAGUAUUGCGCGGUAGGACUGGCUCCCGAGUGGAUCCGAACCAUGAUCGGCGGAAUGAUGAACAAACAGUUCCGGGAAGAGUACUACGGCCAGCAGAAGCAGCAAACCGCUGCUAAAACGAAAUAAUUCCCUUAACCCCGAGUAGGUUAAGCUAGAAGUUCAGCUUUUUGGCUGAAAGCAUAUUUCUUUUGCAUUUGCGUAUCACGAUAGUUACCUAGACUAGCUAUAUGGAUCUUGUGUCAACUGAGUCAUGCCAGAUUUUUUUUAGUUUUAUUCUAUGUUUAGCAUAAGACUGAAUACCUGUGUCUAAUGAUUAUGAUUUGUGAGAAUAAAUAUUGCAUAUUACAUUAGAAAAUUA